AUGAAUUGCCGUCCAGGUGACGUAACGCCGUCGACGAGUGCGUCCAUGCCUGCCACAGAGAAUCUGAAAGAGCAACCGACCAAUUCAGGUGCUUCUGCUCAAAAGGUUUCGGAAGUCUUCUUGGCUGCUGGACAAGCUUUUCAGAAGUUGGGUGGACUUAUUGCAAAUUUGCAUAAUCCGAAAAAUGGAGUCGAGAGGAAGUGGACAAGUUCGGAUACCAAUAGUUUGCAUGACGCAGUUUCUCGUUUUGCAAGCGAUUUGCAGCGCAUCAGUGAAACAGUCCAAGGAAGGGAAGUACAACUUAUGAAGGAUGAUAUAAUUAAAAGGCCUACAACAAGCCAUUAUGUCAAAGCGGUUUCUUCACGAACAAAUGGUACUACCGUGAGGCCUACUACUACUGCAAGAUCUUUAGUGAAGCGUACGAAUAGUAUUUCACAUCCAUCAAUGGAUGCCGGUUUUAAGCGCCGCAUUAUCAGCACAACUCCCAGUGGUAUUACAGUAUCAAGUAGUACUCGUUACUCUAAUGUUGCUCAUGUACAGUCACUGAACAUCAAUUCAUCGGCAAUGUCUCGAAUGAAAAGUGGGCCACUGAGUGCAGCACCAUCAGCUCUCACGACUGUUACGGUUCAAUCCAGUAUACCUUCGAUUGUCCUGCCUCCAGAACCCACCAUGCAUAACAGUAGACUAAAGAAUUUUGAUGGCGGUACUUUCAACAUUUGA